AAACAAACGUCAAGUAUGAACAGUGGCCCGGGCGCUCACUCCAGAUCUUGUGGGAAGAAGUGUUGGAACUGGAAAUAUAGUGAAGACAUGUGUGCAUGAUAUAUAUGAUAGUGCUAUUACCCCGAGACGGUGUGGUUGAUUGGUAAUCAACUCAACUGGGAGCCUUGCUGAUAUUGGUCAUUACAUUUUAGGAGCCAUUCAACUUUUUUCACAAUGGCUGAAAGAAAAAGAAUUGUAUUUAAAUCAUCUAAGAAAAGCUCAAUUUCAAAGGUGGAAAUCAUCACAGUUGCAAGCAAUGAUGUAGCUUCACUCACUGCACGACAUCCAGUUGGGAUUGUCGUUGCAGAAAAGAGAAACCCAUUGGAAAUAUUACAUUCAGAGCAGAAGUCAAGACCAGUUCUUAUAUCAGGAUGCCCUCUCCCUCAAGUUCUACCUCCAGAAUAUGAAGCUGCUACUGAUACUGCCUCCAAAAAAGAAAAAUCUAAAAAGAAUUCUAAGGCUAAAAUUUUCCGACCAAGGAAGUAUGUAAACCAGAAAUCAUUGAGAAAUCCUCCCAAAGCUAUAACCUUCAGCACUGACCAUAAUGUUGAAGCAGACAGACCAUAUAAUCCCCAAAACUAUAUAACUCCAUCUCAAGAUUUUGAGUCUUUAAGGCAGUCACACACAUUGCACUCAGGUGAUGGAAAUAUUAUAAAUGCAGAUGAAAAUAGAUCUGAUGCUAUCCUUAGUGGUGGUCCUCGUUAUGUUGUUGUGUCUCAGGGAAUGAGAAAUAAAGCUGACCCAGGUUUUGCUCAUAAUGUUUGCAGUUUUUCAGUGGACAAGUUUCCAUUACCAUGCAAUUCAGAAAAUUCAAGUAUGCCUUCAGGUUCAGAGGAAUUAAAUUCAAGUGAGGGCAAAGGUGCAACAAUUAAUUUAGGUAAACAAUUUCCUCUGAAGAAUGUUUCAGAAUGUUACACUAAGGCAAGUUCUAUUGCAAGAGCCAGUGAAGUGAGCACAUCUGAUACCGUAUGUGACGAAGACACAAUUUCUUCUGAAACAUCUCAUGACAGUGCGAGUAAGAAAGAGUCGACACCUAACAGCUUGAGCAGUGUUCCACUUUUAUCAGAAGUACCUCAAAUAAUUCCAGUGAAGCGUGGAAGUUUGCAUAUCCGUCAAAUACCUCAUGGUAUCAGAAAAACCAGUCAGGAUUUUGACAGUAAAGUAGUAAAGUCUCGGGGAACUGCAAGAAGCAUGCACUAUGGUAAAAUAAGCAAAAUGAUAAAUAUUAAAGAAAGUGACAUGGAAAACCAAGAAAUAAGAUACAGGGGUGAUUCAAGAUCUGGCAUCCACCAUGGAGCUUCAGGGAUAGCAAGUUCAUCAGCUUCAAAUAUAAGGAAGGCGACGAGGGGACGCCCAGAUCACCCACGGGCCACGAGGGGACGCCCAGAUCACCCACGGACCACGAGGGGACGCCCAGAUCACCCACGGACCACGAGGGGACGCCCAGAUCACCCACGGACCACGAGGGGACGCCCAGAUCACCCACGGACCACGAGGCAGCAACAGUCCUUGUCUUGGUGUCCCAGUCGUGCACGUCGUCUUCAACCCAACCUGAGUGCAACCCGAGGAAGGCAGAAUGAUAAGCCCUUACGUCAAGCCUUACCCUUACCUGACCUGAAGUCCUCGAUGGAGCCUGUGUGUUCACUCCCUAAGACAAGUACCUCACGAAGUCCACCACCGGGGUGUCCAUCUGUGGUACCUCCGUCUUCACCGGGGUCUACGUCUUCAAGUGUUUCAUCUCAGGAAUCUUUAACAUCUCCCAGAGCUCCCCUUAAUGCCUCUGUCUUGGAUCUUCAUAGACCAGUAUCUAUUUCUCCCCCUACCACCUUAUCCUCAAUAGAGCCCUGUAAUCCACUAUAUGAUCCGGCCAAAGGAUAUGUUGGAGUCAUGCCUCAACCGCGCCUCGAAGGGUCGGACGGCAUGCCACAGGAAUCUCUGGCCCGAGUGUCUAAACCUGACGGUGAGAUUGGUAUUAGCAUGGAUGAGCUGGCGGAUAUUGGCAAGUGGGUGGCUGACACGAGAGAGGAACUGAAGGGCGUGGGCAAGCUUUUCGGUCAACCUCAAUCACGUUUGUCGUCCAUUCUUCAGGGGCUGUCUGCUGGCACAUUUGAUGAAGAUAAAUACAUCAUAUCCCGUCGAGUGGACCAAUACAUCGACAAGAUCCUUAGAAAUAAUGUGGAUGAGGAAGGAAGGUGUACCCCAUCUGGUGCGCCGCCCGUCAUCCACCGGCCCGCAGGCCCUGAAACUCGACCCGCAGGCCCUGAAGCUCGUCCUGACACAGCUGCUGCUCCCUCUGGGCUUGUCAAUGACCCAGAACUAGCAAAACCUCGGAACCGUCCACGAACUCUCCUUCCAACGCAUCCUCCUCCACUUUUUGUGCAUUCAUUGAUGGGUAGAGGACGAAGUGAUCCUCUAGAACCUCUUCAAAAUUAUGGAAUCGAAGGUGAAGAAGUGCCCAAUAUAUUUACCAGAGUUGAAAGAACUACUGGAAAAAUGGAUAAAUUGCGGUCAAAUAAAUCUCUAGGAAAACCCACAUUAAAAUCGGCACAAUCUAUUCCAGUCGUGUCAAGGAAAGAGAGGAAAGAUUUCGAGAAAGUUUCUGAAGUGCCUUUAGUUGUGGGUAAAACAAAGGGACCCAUGAAAGACAAGCUGCAAAUAUCUACCCAGACAAGUGUGGACAUCCCAAGAGAGAAUAUAGCGGUAUCACUUCCUAGCAUCUCUAUAAUGCCUGGUGACCCGCCUAAGCCGUUGGAGAAAAAACAUAAGAUUAUUACAGUGGUUCAUGCAAGCAUGCAAGAGGACGACCAAUUAUCAGAAAUUGGCAAUGAUCACUCUGAUAACAAUGACGAGUCUAAUAAGGAAUUGGAAGAUCAAGGAUCUCGGGUAGCAGAGACUGACAACAUUAAUGAUGUUGAAGGGCCAUCGUCCUAUAUCUCUCCUAAUGUUGAAGCAUCGUUACCUCAUCUUGUUGCUUCUGUUCAAGAAAUGAGAACUGAUGAUGGCAGCGAUCAGUUACACACUGAUGACAAUUCGCACAAGGCCCAAGAAAUGAGCGACGGUAAACCAGAUGACACAGAUUUUGAUUAUGGGAAAGAACAGUGCGUUAGAAAGCAAGGUUCAAUUGUCGGUGGUGGUGGGGUGAAUGACCCUGGUGCGUGUUAUGUCAACGGAGUCCAGGAUCGUAGUGGUGGUUGGAGUCACGAGGAAGACGAACUACCUGGGUAUUUGCCGGAAGUGAAGUGGGAGGAAGUGGUUGUUAAAGAAUACAGAUGCGAGGAUGAUGAAAAUACCAGACGCAUGAUUAAUGAAGCUGAGAAUAGAUUGCAUCAACACGAACUCAAAUUAAGAAUUAUGCAAAGAUUGGAAGAGGCAUUAAGAGGUGCAGUACAAGUGGAGCAGACCCCAGUGGACCAGACACCAGUGGAGCAGAUGCCAACUAUUGUACCAGAUGCUAAAGUUGAAGUUUUGCCAAUUAGUGACCAGGAUGAGUAUCAGGCUCUGGAUGUGGUGAUGGCAGCCAGGUCAAUUCUGGAAGGUUUGGUGCAAGAGAGACUUGAUGCAGCAUUUUCACAGAUCAGAGAUGACAAACCAAAAGGACCAACGGAUUUCUCGGAGGGAGCUCAAACUUCAUUAUCUUCCAACUCAAGUACGGAUAAAUCGAGAAGUUCCUCAGAUGUGAAAACGCCUUUGAAAUCCCCAAACCACUCGCCCAAGCCAUCUGUUUCUGAACUGGUUUCUGACGAUAUAAUAAGAACACCAUCACCAUCCCCACCACCAGAAACCAUAUCUCCAAGAAAAAUACUCACUCCUGAGCUUUCCCAUGAAGAUGCUGAUUAUAGUGAAGAAGUGGUAACUACUCCUCCAUCAUCGCCUGUUCCCAUAUUAACUCUGCUGGAACAUAAGUAUCCACAGACUCCAUCAGUAACUCCUGAAUCAUCUCCAAGCAAAGUGAAGAACACAGUCACUCCUAAAUGCACACCUGAAGACUCUCUCGACUCGGAAAAUGUGGUUCAACAACUUGAUACUCCAACACAAUCUCCAACAGCACAGCAGGUACCAGAUGAGGUGAUUGAAAUCACUAGAAUUCCCACACCUUCAGAAACAUCACGACCAUAUCUGAAAGUACCAGAACCUGAUUCUGCUGCCAUGUUCACAUCAUGUCAACAUUUAAAAGUUAGCUUUCCAAGAGGACAUGACCAAAGCACCCAAGUAUGCAUACCAGACACAAGAUCCAAACAUAGGGAGGAUGAGGACAGUCAUUUGGCACCUGAAGAAGUUAGAAGUCUUGUUUCCCCAGAUACCCCAUCAGUCAUUUGUCAGUCGUCGGCUGACAUUACUGUAUCAUCAUCGGUAGAGGCAACUGACGUCACUUGCUACACUGUAUCUGAAGGAGAAGUGUUGAAUUGUUCCACAUCGGUGAAUGUAUCAAUGGAAGCAGGAGAAGUAACUUCAUCAGGUUACUUACAGCUCCUGACUUGUGGCAGUGCUAGGACUACAGCUUAUAACAAGAAAACAACUCCCCUUCCUAAUGAGUUCUGUGAGGAAUAUUCCAGUCAGAAUCUGAGGUCUGAGGGAGAGUUAGAGCUGGAUGAGAAUGGAGAAAGGCUGUUGAUUACGGAGGAUCAUGACCCUGAUACUGAUGAACACCUAACCUCAAGGGAGUCUCGUGUAGAAGAGUCGCAGGAAGACCAAAGGACAUCAGAUGAUGGCCUCCAAGUGUCUGUUGUCCACGAUGAAAGUUAUUCAAGUGGAGAUGCUAUAACACUGUCCACUGAAGAAUUAUCAAGACUUCAGCAAGAGAAUGCAGAACUGUUGCUACGUUUGAGUAACUUGGGUUCAUUUUCCUUCCUAACUAGAAAUUUUCAGUCUUCUCAUUAACAGUGAUGGCAUGUAACAUAGUCCUGAAGUGCCUUGUACUUGUGUUAAUUUCUUAAUUAUCAUAAAAUAGAGCACUAUUUUUUUUACAUGUAGCAUAAAUAAAUAAUACAGCACUAUAGUUUCAUUAUCAAAGGCAAUUAUUGCAUGUUAAUUUUUUUAUGUACAAUUGCUGGAUGUAUAAAGUGUGUACAUCAAAUGGCUGAAGGUGAACAGUUGUGAUUAAACAGCUUUAUCAACUGAACUAAAACUAGUGGUAUGACUUUUACUCAAACAGGUUGUUCUUCAUCCUGUUGCUUCAUGGUAAUCGCCUUGUACACAAAGAUUCUACUAAUCUUUUGGGGUUAAUCUUUGACAAUCGUUUGUCUUGGUCACCCUAUAUCUUGCCUCCAGUGUUGAAUGCUCAAAGACCCUUAACUCAAGGUCUUGUUCUAUACUAUUUUUGGGGAGUGGAUAGGUGCACUCUUUCCGCUGGUGUAAUAUCUGAACACUUAUGGUUGCCCUGCUUACUCGUCUGAUUCUACUCUGCCGUCUUGAUGCUCUGCAUCAUACUAGGUUAGGCCUUGGCUCUGGUACCUUUACUUCGACCCCUACCCUCUGCAGGUAUGUUGAAACAGACUUCUCUUCACUUCAGGAUUGCCGUGAUAGCUACUGUCUUCGCUACCUUGCGUGGUACUUGCAAACCCUCAUUCCUGCCUAUGUUGAGCUUUGACUACUGUCCCUCCUGAGAGUCCUGUUCCCCUUCACCUUUCUCUUUCUGCAUGGUUGUCUCGCCUACAAGAUUAUUUCAGUGUUAAUGAUAUUUCUCCUAGUUCGCUUUUUGAAUGUCCCGACUUCCAGGACGAGCGUGUGUCUUGCUUUCCGACCGCCCCUCGUGGUCACCUGUCCCUCAAUAGAAUUCUUGGUGACUCUGAUACUUUUGAUAUCAUUCGCCUUAUGCGUUUUUGUUCUCGUAUUGACAUCCUUGGUGAUAUUUAGCGCCCUCUGAUUAUUCAGUGCAUUUGAUGUUGCUACAUAGCCUUCCCGAUUUGGUGCCUUCUUUUGAUAAUUAAUUACUUCUCCUAGUGUCGUUCCAUCCUUUCCCCCGUGGAAGGUCCCCCUUCCUUAGUUUUGUAAAACCCUGACCCAUGUGACGCUUCACCCUACAGUUCAUAAAACUCCUUUUCCUUGGAACACUUAUCUUCACACUCCUUCCCCCCCCCCCCCCCAAAGGGGGGCAAGGGGUACCCUCCACAAGUUCAAGGACGAAACGGGAAUAGAAUGUUUGCCUUGUUGAAAACCACGUUUUCUGGGUACAAAAAAAAUCAUUUUUGUUAGAACUAAUUUAUUAGAAAAAGCAUGGUUUGAAGAACUCGCUGAAGAAUCAUGAAGACUUCACCAAGAGAAUGCAGAACAUGCAACGUUUGAGUAACUUGGUUAAUUUUUCCUUCCUAACUAGCAAUUUCCAAGAUCACUUAUUGAGACUGAAGUGUCUUGGGGGUUAAUUUCUUAAUCUGGAAAAAAAUGCAGGACUAGUUUUUAACAUGUUACAUAAAUGAUACAAACGGCA